AUGAUUUUACCGGAUAAGUACAAAAUGGAUGGACGUGGAAAAAAAGUUUCGAUCUAUUCCCUGGUUGAGUUUACAAAUUUUCAAUGCAAAUCUUUAGAUAAGGAAGUGGCUGAUUUCGAAUACUGCAUUCUUAAAUCAAUAAAUCGGACAUCAAAAUAUGUCUCCGCUAAGUUAAAAGUGUUCAAGUUGCCCAUUAAAAGUUUAAAGGUUAAUUUCGGACUGCACCAACUGGUCAAUGGAUAUAGACCUUUUCUGUAUAAUGUUACCGUUGACGGUUGUAAAUUCAUCAAGAACCAGAAGUCCAAUCCAGUCGCCAAGUUCUUUUAUGACCUUAUCAAGAACAUCAGCAACCUGAAUCAUUCAUGUCCCUACUAUCAUGACAUAAUUGUGGAUAAGUUCUCAUCAGAUAUAGUUAACUGCCGAAUUCCAAAAGUAUUGCCCUUCCCGACGGGGAACUACAUGUUUGAGGUUUAUUGGACCGCCAACGAACGAUACCGCGCGAUUACCAAGCUUUAUCUUUUUCUAUAUUAG